AUGGUCAAGGAGAUCCUCGACACUGCCUCUCUCAGUUUCGUCAACACAAGCGACACAUGCCGCUACAUCGAAGGCGAGCAGUAUGUGAUGCACGAGGACGUGUAUGACAUCAACGGCGGGUGCAACAAGUCCAUCACGAAGGUCAGCAUCGUGUGCUGCGCCCCUCGCUGUCGUGACGGCAACAAGUCGGCUCGUAUGUGUGCUGACCACAACUCCACCAAGUGGAAGACGACGACCGACAACCCCCUGCUUGCAUCGGUGUUGGAGUUCACGGCAAACAAGCACACUGGCAAGAAGAACUUCGUCUGUGCCAAGUGCAUGCUGGAUGCGUUUGACCAGGUAAGAAAGCACAGCACAGUAGGCAUUGACGUGUGUAUGUAUGUGUGUGUGUAUGUGUCUUUUCAGCAACUGAGCAUCAUUAAGCGUGCCCGUGUGGAGUAUGGCUGGUGUGUGUGGACGCCCGACAACCACAAGUCGAUCGUCGCAGCACUGGACGGCACACAGAUGCAGGUGAGUACAGCGAGAUUAUUCGUUCAAGCACAUGUGCAUCAAGUUGCCAGGCAGAAGAACGCCCUUAA